AUGAUAGGACCCUCGAAGCAGUGGCUCCCCGCAUUGUUUCUGUGCAUAGUGAGCGUACAAAGCAAUAUCCUGAUUGAACGCGAUGCCACGAGCUGCAAUGGAACCUCGUACACGACUCCAAAUGACCUCACAUUUGAUCUAUAUUGCAAUACCAAUAUAGACUCUACUGCCGGAGACUUUUCCCCCCCGGUAUAUUACACUGACGACGACGUAUAUGCGUGUAUAAACAGGUGUUCUGAGUUUAGGAUAUGUUAUGGUGUCACAUACGCAGUAUCAACCAAAAAUUGCACCUUGAAAGGAUCUGGUUUCACCAGCGCACUCAAUUCAACCAGCCCUGAUGUAGGACACACACAUUCCGCUGCCGUCAGUCCAAUUACACAGCUUACCAAUGGCUACGACACGGACUGCGGAUACAUCAAUGGUAGCACUCAUACCACAUACAACGACAUGCCCUUCACCGUCAUUUGCGGUAUGGAUAUUGCGAGCGCAGAUUACUGCCCAACUGGCAAUUCGUCUUGUCCCAGCCACGCAACCAGCUUCCAAGGAUGCAUCGACCUGUGCGCACAAAGCCACCCGCUUUGCUGGGGAGUGUCAUACAAUCCAGACUUGAAGGCAGGCUGGGCCAAUUGCUACCUCAAGGACGGCCGCGCAGCUCAAUUGACUCCUUCAUCUUAUGCACCUGACUCCGAGGAGAGCUAUGUCAUACAUAGUGCUCAAUUUUUCGUAACCAAUGGAACUGAUGUGCCUUAUGACUGCACAUCUGGCCCAGUGGGCAAUGGUACUUACAAUUUUGUUGUCUACUGUAACACAGGUCAGCAGGGUAAUAACAUUUGGGCGUUGCACGCAGACUCAUUACAGGAAUGCUACGCAGCUUGCUUUGUGUAUGAUGGUUGUAUAGCUGUUGGCUACGACCCAAGCCUCGCGAAUGGCUGGGAGAACUGA